UAUUGUCGAGGCAAAUCAUAGCUCAAAAUGAACUAGUUAACUAGUUGAACUUAACAAACCACCUAGUCAAGAUAUAUAAUGAGCCUUCCGAGUCCAACAAAACUUAUCUCAAUCUUUUCUCAUUAGUACACAAAUCAAAUACCGAAUGAAAUAUUCCCAAUUGAACACACCAAACCGCUCAUGUGUAGAGACUAUAGAGAGGCAACUUGUCCAUGUACCAUGCCCGAAUCAAAUCUGAGACAGUGUCAGGCACAAUGAUUUUUUGUCUACAACGUCAUACAUCCUUUUCAUUACAUUUGAUCUGAUGUGAACUAUACAAAUGGCUAAACCCUAAAUUAUAUUCCAUACGCAGCUAAGUUUUUUUUAUAUGCUGAAUAUGCAGUUAAAUUCAAGCUGCAAUUUUUUUGACAAAGGAAUCUUGGAUUGCACUUCGAAUGAUGGAAACAAAAACCUUCUCUGUGGACAAAAAUCCACAUUGAACAGUAGAGAAUAAAGAGUUAACCUAGGCCUUUUUUACUAUUGGUUGUAAAUCAACUGAUAAAUUAUAUUUCCCCUAAAAAAAGCUAUAUAUUAUAUCUUAUGAAUACUUUUGCCCAUUCUUGUAAUCACAAAAGUUGAGAUUCAUUAGCUUGAAUUGAUAAUUAAAGGAUUCGUUCUUCUAAUUUGUUCAUUGGAAUGUUAAAAUGAUUCGAGAAACAAAUGAUUGGGCAGGGAAUAAAAUUAGUUUAUCCUUUCUAAUUGUUUUUUGCGUGGGGAAAUAUAAUUUAAUGGUCAUUUGUAUUUAAUUAAUUUAUAUAUGUUUGAUUUGUUCUCAUGACCAACCACAACUCAGGAUUAAAAAAAGUUAUUCUAGUGGCUACUAACAAAAUAGAACUCUGUAUAGUGACCAAUCAGGUAAGCUAUCAAAGAAGAACAAAGUCAAUCACCAAUGCCUUAAUUACCUCCGCCCAACGAAGCAUUACAUCCCUGUCGUCAAACUAAUUUCCCAUCAUAUAAGUAUGUUCGGGUGCUCUUAUCUUUCGGCCAAUAAGGAUAGUAUAGCUUACUUGGCUCAAAGACAAGAGCAGCCCAACAGCUCACUGAGCGUCGCCGAGAGGCAUGGCUCAUUUGGAAUGGAACAAAUUGCAGUAUGGGCACCAACAGAGAAGUACAUAUCAUGCGUCCGCUUUAGUCUGCAACAAUAUUUCGUUAUCGAUACAUAUACAAAAUGUGGUAAUUGAUUUUAUAUUGAUAUUACUAACUGACUAUAUAUAUAUUUUACAUAAAAAUGGCAUUCUCCGUCCUAGCUACAUUGAAAAUAUGCUGUGUCAGCACUAUUGUGAGUUGAAGGUGGGGAAAAAAAGAAAUCAGGAAAACUCCGAAGGAAACGACGUUGGACAGGAAGAGAAUUUGGGUUUGAUAAGAUUCGCAAGCAUGAAGGUUUUGCAUGUGAUGGCAUGAACAUGAGCUCGUCCCAACGCCAACGGUCUGUUCCACCAUACCCGCUUCCUUGAUUGAUUAAUUGGCUGCUAAAAAGCUUACUUACUGCUCCUAAUUGCCUGCCUUUACCCUAUUAUUUUACUAAUUAUUAUGUUGUCCUGCACUCUUCUUUUGUAUAAAUACUAUUAUAAUUUCAUUUGCAGUAUUUAACUACUAGUAUUAUCACUUGGUGGUUGUAUUAAUAUAAUUAGCUUCCGAUCCUUUCCUUCUGGUAGUUAAGUACAGCUCGACUUUAUUGCUUAUGGCCCAUAACUCUUAUUUCUUUAUUUUCCACCAACCUUCACGCUCUGCGGCUCUGGCUUUUUACGUUUCUCUAAUUAAAAUCAAUUCAACCAGAAUCUCUAUAGGUUAUGCACCAUCCAGGCCUUGAUAGGGAAUAAUCAACCAUACAAUAUACCUCAUCGAGCCCAACAAACCACUAAAGAGGAAAAAAGAAGAGUGAUCAAAUGUAAAAGUAGUCUUCUUAUUCUAUUUUUUUUUUCUUUUCAUUUUCGAGUGGAACCGGUGAUACGAUCGAUCGAUAAAUGAAUGUUCUCUUGAUAUCUGAAGUUUACGAUAGAGUACAAAUGCUGAGAAGUAAUUACAAGAUUUCGGGAUCUAGGUAUGGCAAUGUGCAAAGUGGAGGGGCGAGGAGUUGAAUGCACCUCUCAUUUGUGUAGGCACAUAUAUCCUCGGAAGAAAGACAAAACAAUGUCUUUGUAGUAGAAUAUUCUUGAAUCUUUUAUAGGAAUGAGAUCUCCUCGAGAAAUUUACGGAGGGAGAAGUAAAACAUAAAGAGAAAAAUAGUGGGUUCGAUUGAAUUCUCACCCGGGGGAGGGAUUAAUGAUGAAUGGAAAAAAUUGAAAGAAAGAAGCAAGUAAAGAGGUAUUCUAACAGCGACACCCAUUGUGUACGAGGUCUACACAGAACAAUGGAUGUUCUAAGCCUUCAAUGUCAAGGUUUGGACGACCUCGAGGUAGUGGCAUUAUUGAAGCUUCUAGUUUAACAAAAAAAGAAUACUAUCUAAAUAAUGUUAUCGAUUAGGGUGUAACUUAUUUUGUAACGAUUGUGAUAAGGUCUAUCAACAGGUAGAGUUUGUCAUAGGGACGAAACAAAAAGAAACAGUAAGAUUAGCAUUUCCAGAAUGAAAGGCUAACCUCACGAUGUCUCUUUGAAAAUUUCACUUAACGUGAAGUUAUGUGUGGUGGACGCGCUUAACAAGAUCAAUUAUCUCCAUUACGGUAAACAAAAAAACAUCCAUAUACAUUUUCACACCCAAUAAAGAUAAAUAAUUUUAUUUUCCAUUAUAGUAAAAAAUUUCCAUAUACAUUUGUGCAUAACCUUAGUAUUUUACUCGGGUGUUGGCUCAUAAAAUUUUCGCCCCUCAACCAUCCGGGUGGGCUCGCUUUGUUUGACCUGAAAUUUCGCGUGGGAUGCUUGUCACCUACGAGUCAAAAGUAUGUUCAACCCCCUCCCUCCACGUCACUACUGUAUCUCGAGCUCCCCAAUUUUUCCUUUAUAUACAUAUCUCGUCAAUAUUCAAUUUCCAAUUAAAUUAAUAAAUCCCCCAAUUCGAUUCAAAUUCGGCUGUUUCCAUACCCUCUUCUAAUAAACCUAAAAAAUAAAAAAGGAAAUAGAAAAAUCAAACCCCGUGCCGUUCCCCUUUUAAGCUUCUUCUUCUUCCUUCUCUUUCAUAAGUCUCCUCGUCUCGCCCCUUUCCCAGCAGCAGAGCUUCCUUGCUUUCUCUCUCUCUCUCUCUCUCCCUUCUGUACAUAGAAAGCGCCAUAGGAGAAUGGAAAGAAAGAAAGCAGAAAAAGUGAAUCAAUUGAAGAUGGGAUUCCCAAAGGAAGAGAAAUCGAAGAGAGUCCUGAGAGUAGUGAAGACGGUGUUCUUCAUAAUAGUAAUGAUCUUCUCCUUCCUCAUCUUCUCAGCUCCGGUGCUCCUCGUAAUCGCCGAUACUCUCCUCCCGGUCUCCCUACUCUCCGCUUCCCUCUCCCCGUCUUCCUUCUCCCUCAGCACUCUCUCCGCCGACCUAAGCAACUACGAUUUCCGGUACUCCCUCGUCGACAUCCCGCUCAUUUCCAUCCUGAGAUCCGCCGUCAUCUUCUGCGUCUACAGCUUCUGCGAUGGCCCGAGGCUCUCGCGGGGACCGUACUUAGGGAUCACGGCGAUUUGCUCCGUCUCCUCGCUGAUUUACGUCUCCGUGAAGGCGCCGUACGUUUUCAGCAUCUACCGGAUCGAUCGGGGCGGGUACGUUCGCGGGAUGGAGGUUGCUCUGUUUCUGUGCUCGCUGUUUCUGGCAAUUGGCCACGUCGUUGUGGCAUAUCGAACGAGUUGCAGAGAGCGGAGGAAGCUUCUGGUCUACAAAAUCGACAUUGAAGCUAUCUCGGCUUGCCAGAAGGGACUCCCAAGGUACCAAAAGAAGAUCCUCCAGGAAGAAAGAGUCAAGUGACAAUGGCUAGCUGCCGAACCCAUGAACAAAAAAGAAAAAAGACUAACCCAGACAUCUUCAGAAUUUUCUUCUUCUUCAUGAUUAUCCCUUCGUGUUCUUCAGCAUCCCGGUUUGAGGUAAUUUCUUCAGGAUGUUCCUCUCUCCUUUAAAUGUUAUAUUGGGACACUACGAUUCAGUGGUUAAAAUUGGAUGUACGUUGUUGGGUGCUACAGGCUGAUCCUAAGGAUGCCUCUGAUUUGGAGAUGAUUGAAGAAGAAGAAGAUGAAACAAGACUUACAAAGCUAACAGAGAUGGUAGAUAUGGUACAAUAGAGUGCUUAUAGGGCAGUAGAGAUACCUGUGUUUUGGGGUGUAGUAACCUUAUGUAUGGGAUUCACUAGGUGUGACGACUAUUGUUACAUUGUACAGAUUACUGCAUCUAUUUGUUGUUUGUGUAUUUGUUGUGGUGUUGAAUAUAAUGAAAAUCUUGAAUGGCAACUUGGCCAAUUCCCCCCUUAAUACUUCUAAGUUAUAAUCAUCAAUCCCAGGAGCCUAUGUUUACAAAAUGUGAGAUUGUUAACCUACCACUUGUUUAUGCAUCUCGUGAAAAUUACUUGAUUUGUGGUUGUACGGGCCAUGCUGUUCACGGGCUAGCACGACACGGUUAGAGCACGACACGAGCACGGAAUAAAUGGGCCAGUUUGAC